GGCGGCGUUGCGCAUGCUCUGUGGAGCUUCGGUUCGGUUUCUGUUGCGGGACCCGCGGUGUCUACUAGCGCAACCGGAACUGUCCGUCGUGGAGCGGUCCUUGCUCAGCUCCCGCGGUCUUGUGGUCGUGUUCGGGGCUUCCCGUCCCUCCUUCCCUCUUCACCCCCUCGGCUCGGCUGUCCUUUCCCCAAACAGCCGUCAUGAGCGCGAGGCUGCCGGCGUUGUCUCAACCUCGGUGGCCGGGGCCGCUGCUGCUGGUGCUGCUCCUGCUGGAGGCGGCCCCAGGCCCGCGCCCGGGCGCCGCCUUCUACCUGCCCGGCCUGGCGCCCGUCAACUUCUGCGAAGAAGAAAAAAAGAGUGACGAGUGUAAGGCUGAAAUAGAACUAUUCGUGAACAGGCUUGAUUCAGUGGAAUCUGUUCUUCCUUAUGAAUAUACGGCGUUUGAUUUUUGCCAAGCAUCAGAAGGAAAACGCCCAUCUGAAAAUCUUGGUCAGGUAUUAUUCGGGGAAAGAAUUGAACCUUCACCAUAUAAGUUUACAUUUAAUAAGGAGGAGACCUGCAAGCUUGUCUGUACGAAAACAUACCAUACAGAGAAAGCUGAAGACAAACAAAAGUUAGAAUUCUUGAAAAAAAGCAUGUUACUGAAUUAUCAACAUCACUGGAUUGUGGAUAAUAUGCCUGUAACAUGGUGUUAUGAUGUUGAAGAUGGUCAGAGGUUCUGUAAUCCUGGAUUUCCCAUUGGCUGUUAUAUUACAGAUAAAGGCCAUGCAAAAGAUGCCUGUGUUAUUAAUUCAGAAUUCCAUGAAAGAGAUACAUUUUACAUCUUCAACCACGUUGACAUCAAAAUACACUAUCAUGUUGUUGAAACUGGGUCCAUGGGAGCAAGAUUAGUGGCUGCCAAACUUGAACCAAAAAGCUUCAAGCAUACCCAUACAGAUAAACCGGACUGCUCUGGACCCCCCAUGGAUAUAAGUAACAAGGCUUCCGGGGAGAUCAAAAUUGCCUAUACUUACUCUGUUAGCUUCCACGAAGAUAAAAACAUCAGAUGGGCAUCCAGAUGGGACUAUAUUCUGGAAUCUAUGCCUCAUACCCACAUUCAGUGGUUUAGCAUCAUGAAUUCCCUGGUCAUUGUCCUCUUCUUGUCUGGAAUGGUGGCUAUGAUUAUGCUACGGACACUGCAUAAAGAUAUUGCCAGAUAUAAUCAGAUGGAUUCUACGGAGGAUGCCCAGGAAGAAUUUGGCUGGAAACUCGUUCAUGGUGAUAUAUUCCGUCCUCCAAGAAAAGGGAUGCUGCUAUCAGUCUUUCUUGGAUCGGGGACACAGAUUUUAAUUAUGACUUUUGUGACUCUAUUUUUUGCUUGCCUGGGAUUUUUGUCACCUGCCAACAGAGGAGCACUGAUGACUUGUGCUGUGGUCCUAUGGGUGCUGCUGGGCACACCCGCAGGCUAUGUCGCUGCCAGAUUUUAUAAGUCCUUUGGAGGUGAGAAGUGGAAAACAAACGUUUUAUUGACAUCAUUUCUUUGUCCUGGGAUUGUAUUUGCUGACUUCUUCAUAAUGAAUCUGAUUCUCUGGGGAGAAGGAUCUUCAGCAGCUAUUCCUUUUGGAACGUUGGUUGCCAUAUUGGCUCUUUGGUUCUGCAUCUCUGUGCCUCUAACAUUUAUUGGUGCAUACUUCGGUUUUAAGAAGAAUGCCAUUGAACACCCAGUUCGAACCAAUCAGAUUCCACGUCAGAUUCCUGAGCAGUCCUUCUACACAAAGCCAUUGCCUGGUAUUAUCAUGGGAGGAAUUUUACCCUUUGGCUGCAUCUUUAUACAGCUUUUCUUCAUUCUGAAUAGUAUCUGGUCACACCAGAUGUAUUACAUGUUUGGCUUCUUAUUUCUGGUGUUUAUCAUUUUGGUGAUUACAUGUUCAGAAGCAACUAUACUUCUUUGCUAUUUCCACCUAUGUGCAGAGGAUUAUCAUUGGCAGUGGCGUUCAUUCCUUACCAGUGGCUUUACUGCAGUUUAUUUCUUAAUAUAUGCAAUACACUACUUCUUUUCAAAACUGCAGAUCACAGGAACAGCAAGUACAAUUCUGUACUUUGGCUAUACCAUGAUAAUGGUUUUGAUCUUCUUUCUUUUUACAGGAACAAUUGGCUUCUUUGCAUGCUUUUGGUUUGUUACCAAAAUAUACAGUGUGGUGAAGGUUGACUGAAGAAGCCAGUGUGUCCAGUUAAAACAGAAAUAAAUUAAAUUCUUCAUCAACAAAGACCUGUUUUUGUGACUACCUUGAGUUUUAUCAGACUUAUUGGCCUAGUAAUCCUUCAGAAACAGCGUAAUUCUAAAUACACCUCUUCCCGUACACCUGUCUCCACAAAAUGUGUUUUCAACACUAAAACAUUUGUAUCGUGAUUUGAUUAAGUAUAUAUUCAGUUGUUCUCAAUGAAGAGCAAAUUUAAAUAUUAUGUGCAUUUGUAAAUACAAUAGCUAUAAAAUUUUCAAUACUUUUAAUGGCAGAAUAGAGGAGGCCAUAUGAAACAGUACUGAUGAAAUGCAGGACAGUUCAUUGUAAAUAGGAUUUUCUAGGCUCGGUAGGUGGAAAGAAUUAUUUUUCUUUGAAGGAAAUAACUUUUUAUCAUGGUAAUUUUGAAGGAUGAUUCAUAUGAUGUGUUUUUUGGGGGGGUGUGGCUUUUAAAAAAAUCUUGUAUUGGUUGUAACUGUUCAUAUCUUCUUUUCUGUGUUGACUUCAUUAUUCCCAUGGUAUUGGCCUUUUAAACUAUGUGCCUCUGAGUCUUUCAAUUUAUAAAUUUGUUAUCUUAAUAAAUAUUGUAAAAACGUCUUCAUUGCAUCAUUAA